GAAAGACAGGAUCAUUGCGACAAGCCGCAAAGCGCGGCACCGACGGACGACAAGCAAGAGAAGAGGAAGAGGAAGAGAAGGAAUACAGAGGAGCGAAAAAAGAAACAGGGUGGCAACGGCGUUGCCUCGGUGGUUCCUGCAUAGAUAUCUGUUGGGAUCUUGCAUGCUGAUGUAGAUAGUGAGAAAGACUGUCGGGUUCAACGUUGUGGCUUUGCCUUGAACAGCACAGGUCUAUUGAGGGUGAAGGAUAAGAGUCCACAACAAGAAAUGGUCAGGUUCUCCGUCAUUCUACUUACCCUGGGCGUGUUCUUCGCCGGACACGGUUCAUCGUUGGAGUUCAGGAUCCCCAAAGAUGGUCGAAGUUAUGACACUUCGGAGGCUGUCUUCUUGUUUGAGAGAAGUGCAGAUGAAGAUGGCUUCGCCGUCCUCGAGGUUGACGGGAGGAUCAUCCGAACGUUCGAGGAGAAGCAACUUGAGUAUGAAGUCUCGAUCAUGGGGCAACAAGUGGGAAUGCACUCUGCGACAGUCAGAUUGUUUGAGCUGCCGCACGGGGAGGAGGGCAACGUGGAGCUCAAGAAUCUGAGCGUGAGCUACUUCAUUGCCGAGCCAGGGACAGGUAGCACGGGGGUUUCCCUCCCGACGCUCAGCGGAGGAGAAGAGAGAAUGUUGGAGACUGCACGAUCGCACAUCAUAGAGGCUGUGCGAGGACUGGAAGGAGGAGGAGACAUGGGGAAUAUUGCUGAACACUUGAGGCUGAUGGAGGAAUGGCCGGUGCAGGCUUGUAUUCCAGAUCGAUCAGGAGAUCAGUUCGAGGAGGCUCAAGGGCGAGCUGGUGGGGCUGAGGCCUGUCCGUCAGAGGAUGAGCACGAGCUCUCUGCCGUGUUCAGGCAGAUCCAUCCUCAGAACCCCUACAGUGACUUCGACUCCACGGGGCUGACCUUCUCGGCUGGGGAGCACCAGGGGCACGAUACCAACAUGAUGGCCUCGCUGAUCCAUCUGACCCAGCCCAAGUUGAUCAUCGAGGUUGGCAGCUGGAAGGGAGGAUCGGCCAUCCAGAUGGGAAGCGUACUGCGAGCCAAGGGUUGGGGAUGUCGGACGAAAAUAAUCUGCGUCGACACUUGGCUGGGGACUUCGACAGACCUGAAGUCUCAGCGACUUCCCCUCAAGAACGGAUAUCCUACGGUUCAACGAGAAUUCAUGCACAACAUCAUCUCCUCAGGAUUCUCCUCAGUCGUCAUCCCCAUCGCGGCUCCCGCCAACAUCGCGUCCAAGUACCUUAAGUACUUGCUGGACAGAGAGGACCUCCCCUUGGCGGACUUGAUCUUCAUUGAUGGGAACCAUGACUACGAUGAUGUCAAAGCCGAUAUUGCCAACUACUUCCCCAUCCUCUCGCCCAAGGGCAUCAUGUUUGGAGAUGACUAUGGUUGGGCAGGUGUAAAAAAGGCAGUAGACGAGUUCGCAUCGUCCCGCAACAUGACCGUCUUCUCACCGGGAGGGAGGACGUGGCUGAUAGCAUAGGAGGGGGAGGCCAAGGAGGAGGGAGUUGCAUUCAAAAACCAAUACAGUGGAACAGACCGC